AUGUACGAAAAACUUUUCCCGCCACUAUAUCACAUUGAAUGUCAUGUGCCACCACUUGAUGCUUUACCAAAGGGCGAGUUUAAAUGUAGUAUUUGUACAGAUAUUGUACCAGAUGAACAACAGCAAACAAAUGAGUCAUUUGAAAAUGGAGAUGAUACAAGACAAAUAACAUUAAAACGAAAACGUGACGAUAGUAAUGGUCUCACGUCUCAUGAACGUCAAAUAUGUGAAAAAAUACUUUUACAACUAUACAUUCAUGAUGAAAGUCCACCGUUUCAAGAACCUGUACCAGCAACUAUUCCUGAAUACUAUCGUAUUAUAGUAAAGCCAAUGGAUCUUCGAACAAUAAGAGAAAAACUUCUUUCAACUUAUAAUUCCUAUUCAUCUAUUUUUGAAUUUAUUGCUGAUAUUCGACUUAUAUUUCAAAAUUGUGCCAUAUUCAAUGUGUCUGAUUCUCCAGUAGCAAAGGCUGGUGUAGUGUUAUCAAAGUACUUUGAAGAUUUAUCGGAACAAUAUUUAAAUACCAGUUUGACAUUAAAUCCAACACAUUGUCAGAAACCUUUAUGUUUAAGUAUGUCCAUGGAUGGAAAAUCAAUGAAAUUACAGAAUAAUAUUGAUUAUCUUCGAUCAAAAUUAGAUAAUUGGAGAGAUGAAAUGAUACAAAAAAUAGCAACAAUUCGUGCUGAAAAAUUAAUGGAAUUAGAUUUGUCUUAUCAACAAUCAUUUAUUGAAUUUGAUCGACUUAAAGCUGAUUGUUUAAAUAAAAUAGAUGAUAAGUCCGAUUUAUCACAACAUAUUGAUGAAUUAUCAAAACAAGAUCAUUUAUUACCCAUAGAAUUGAAUGAAUUGAAAACUUUAUUAAGUGAAAUACGUCAAACAGCUUUAAAUUUACAAUCGAAACAAUUAAACAUAGAAUGUGAUUCAUUAUCAACACUUAUCAAUGAUAAUAUAAAAAUAAUAAAACCAAUAUUUAAUGUUAGUACUAAUAGUGAUGAAAAUCAUCAAAAAAUAAAUAUCGAAAAUAUUUUAAAUAAAAAAUAUAUAAAUGAAAUUAUUAUGAAAACGAAUACAUACGUAUUUGGUUCAUCGGAACAGUAUAUUUUACUCUAUGAUGAUGAUGAUACACAAUUAAAAAUUUUUAAUGAAAAAGCUGUGGAAGUAUCAAGAAAAAAUUGGACUUUAACACUUGGUAUCAUACAAGAUAUAUCAUGGUCUCAACACUUAAAUAAAUUUUUGAUAUUAACAAAUAAAGCAGUUUACACAUUUACAUUAUUACCUCAACAAACAAUUUUAGACAAAAUAUGUGAGGUCAGACGUACUCGUGUGCACGCGUAUUGUUUUUUUGCUCAAAAUGGACCAUAUUUAUUUCUGAAUAUUAAUAAUUCGGAUAUAGAACGUUACACAUUCGACAACAAUAAACAAUUUUUACUAUCAAAAUCAACUAACAAACAACAACAUGGAUAUAAAAAAGAAGAUAAAUUAAAUGGCAUGCAACUGAGUCGAGAUAAUUCGAUGAUGGCCAUCGAUGUAACACUGAAUGAACGUGACUUUGUAAUUGAUUUUGUUUCAUUACAAUUAACACGUUUACGUCGUUUAACACACGGUAUUGAUGUGCCACUAGGCAUUGUUGUAGAAACGUCUGAUGAUCAUAAAUGGCUUGUUCAAUGUCUCGAAACAAGUCAAUUAUCUGUAUAUGAUUUUACUAAGAAUGAUAUUUUAAAACCAGUUAAAUACGACAAUGUAAAUGAUAUUGCUAUUGAAUAUUUUGGCAAACAUCAUUUGAUUGUUGCACAUACAAUGAACAAUAAUUACUCACGUUUAUUAUUAUAUAAAAUAUGA